GUUGAGUUCAUCAUUAAUAUUUUGUUUGGUUUGUGUUUUACAAGCCGAUUCUUGAUUUCAUUGAUAAAGGUCGGAAUACCUACCUACCUUGGCAUUCAAAGCCAGUGAAAUUUAACACAAUCAAACUUUAAUUCACCAAGCACCAUGGCGUCUGGAUUAGAAAACUACGUGAACCAAACAGUGUCCGUGAUAACUUCGGACGGCCGCAAUUUUAUUGGAACUCUGAAGGGUUUUGAUCAAACUAUCAAUAUAAUAUUGGAUGAAUCACACGAAAGAGUGUUUUCCUCGUCGACUGGAAUAGCGCAAGUGGUACUAGGACUUCAUAUCAUCCGAGGAGACAAUGUAGCAAUUGUGGGACAAAUUGAUGAAUCUAUCGAUAGCAGGUUGGAUCUUGGGAAUAUAAAGGCUGAACCUCUUGGAGCUAUAGUUCACUGAUGUUAUAUUAAUCUAUUUAUAAGCUUUAAUUAAUAAACAAAUUUGUAUAAAUUU